ACUAUCCUAUCAAACAUGAAGCUGGUAAUUGUCGCCCUUGCUCUCGUGGCUAUCGCCGCUGCAGCUCCCCAGAACAAGCCUGAACCUCCUAAGAUCCUGCGCUCCGAAUUCGAGCAGCAGCCCGAAGGUGCCUACCAGUUCAGCUUCGAAACCGAGGACGGCAUCCAACGCCAAGAGAAUGGUGAACUGAAGCAGGUUCUUGAUGAGGAGAACAAACCCCAAACAGUGGUCGUAGUUCGCGGCAGCUACACCUACACCGACACCGAAGGCAAACCCCAAACCGUCACUUACUUUGCUGACGAGACUGGCUAUCACGCUGAAGGUGAUUCCAUCCCCAAGCCCGCCAGGAGAUAAGCUCUCCAACUGAUUUGCCGGCGAAUUAUCGACUGACAUAAAU